CGGGACGCUUUCAGGUUCUCCCUCUUUAACCUGUUUUAAACAAUAAAACAAUAUUUAAUGUCAAUUUAAAGUGAAUCCUACUCUAAGACCGUAGCUACAUGUGCGACGUGGAGAUUCAGUUAAAUGGAGCUUGAGGGGCAAUGGUGGAAAGGACAACUUGCCGGUGACAUUUACCAGGCUCUGCGAUACAAAGAGCUGAAGUUGCCGUCUUACAAAUGCCAAUCCCCCCAGCUCAACCUCAGGCGCUAUUUUGCUGACCUUAUUGCCAUCGUGAGCAACCGCUUCAGGCUGUGUCCAGCCGCUAGACACCUCGCUGUCUAUUUACUCGACCUUUUCAUGGAUCGCUAUGACAUUACAGUGCAACAGCUUCAUAUGGUGGCACUCUCCUGUUUGCUUUUGGCUUGUAAGUUUGAGGAGAGAGAAGACCGGGUGCCUAAGCUGGAGACGCUGAACAGCCUGGGCUGCAUGAGCUCCAUGAACCUGGUGCUGACCAAGCAGGGCCUCCUGCACAUGGAGCUCCUCCUGCUGGAGACCUUCCAGUGGAACCUCUACCUGCCCACAGCCGCACACUUCAUAGAGUACUGCCUGUCUAUUGCAGUCUAUGAGGGGGACCUCCAUGAUGGCUGGCCCAUAGGCUGUCUGGAGAAGACUGUAUCGUACAUGGCCAAGUAUGCAGACUACUUCCUGGAGGUCUCCUUACAAGAUCACGCGUUCCUGUGUUUUGCCCCAUCGUUGGUGGCUGCAGGGUGUGUGGCUGCCUCCCGCAUCAUCCUCCGCCUGUCGCCCACCUGGCCUCAGCGCCUGCUGCGCCUCACUGCAUUCACCUGGGAGAGCCUUGUCCCCUGCGUGGAGAAGCUACUCAUUGCACAUGACAGUGAUAUGAAGGAGGCCACCAAGCAGAAGUGCCCACCGGCCGGUCAGCAGCCUGGUCAGACUGUGUACCACAAUUCUGGCCAGACGGCCCCAGUGGCUCAGUACCUUCACCUGUCCAGUGUCCAGUACCCCCAGCAGACCCUCCAGCCUGUCCUCGCCCCAAGCCACGGCUCUGCCACCUACCUCAACCACUCAGCCAGCCUGCAGGGUCCUAAUGCCCCUCCACAUAGCCACCCCCAAACCAUCUCUGCCACUCUGGACAGCAAGGCUAACAUUCCUAACAGGGCCUACCAAGUCAAUAUGCACUAUACAUGUGCUGCUCCUUGCUUUGACAGAUGACCAAUAUCCAAAAGGUCCCGGAAGAAGAUGGCAGACAGGAUGUAAUCCUUUGUCAUUCAAAAGGCGUGUUUUUAAUUUCACAUGAUAGAUAUUUCACUUAGUUAAGCUGAUUUCCAACUUGGAUAACGUGUCAUACACAAUGUGCAAUAAUAUUACUCUGCUGUAUGCUGUUGCUAACCAGCUGGAGUUUUGUUCCUAUCUAAAACAAGGUGACUGAGUUAUACUAAGCACAUGUGUUUUGGGCAGAUGACAGACUGAUCACUACAAAUGCUGCAGUUACUGCAGCUGUAUUUAGAACCAACAUCAGUUCUAUAUCUAUUGAUGCCAAGUUACCUCAGUGUUGAACGUCCAGUGUAUUAUUAGACUUCCUCUGUGUCACUGUGACGAGUAUUUAUGGGAAUAUUUAGCAAUUUUUUUCAUGGUGGGAUAUGUACAUGUUUUUGCACAAUUUUGCAUUAUAAACCUUUGGUUUUUCUUUAUUUAUGAGCAGUGUAAUUUUGACGUUAAAUGAAUAAUUUUGUUUUCUGGUUGAUUUAAUGAAAGUUUCUUUCUGUGAGUGUGUCAUGUUAACAACUUUAAAAUCAUAGAGAUGUAGCCUCGUGAGUGCUGUGCACUUACAAGACCGUUUAU